AUGAUUCUGAAUGAACGGAAACGACAGCAGAAGUGGAAGGGAAGAAAAGGAGACCAGUUUGAUAACUGCUUGGAAGAUACGGUAAGGAGAUCUGUUGAAGGAAGAGGUCUAUUGUUUUUCUUUCUGCCACUUUCCUCCCCACUCUUGGCUAAUCAUAUGCUGCAAAUGGAGGCCAAACCAUCAGCACAGUAGUAGCAGCUUAUGUCCACCCCCAGUUUAACUGCCAUAUGGAAUUGCUCUGUUAAGCACCUGCAUAGCUCUUUCCCUAAGUGAGAGCUGGACCAUAAAGAAAGCUGAUCGCUGAAGAAUUGAUGCUUUUGAAUUAUGGUGCUGGAGGAGACUCUUGAGAGUCCCAUGGACUGCAAGAAGAUCAAACCUAUCCAUUCUUAAGGAAAUCAGCCCUGAGUGCUCACUGGAAGGACAGAUCCUGAAGCUGAGACUCCAAUACUCUGGCCACCUCAUGAGAAGAGAAGACUCCAUGGAAAAGACCCUGAUGUUGGGAAAGAUGGAGGGCACAAGGAGAAGGGGACGACAGAGGAUGAGAUGGUUGGACAGUGUUCUCGAAGCUACCAGCAUGAGUUUGACCAAACUGCAGGAGGCAGUGGAAGACAGGAGUGCCUGGCGUGCUCUGGUCCAUGGGGUCAUGAAGAGUCGGACACGACUAAACAACUAAACAACAACAACAGCUCUUUCCCUGUGAAGUGUGGCAGCUCAGUGGUAGAGCAUCUUCUCUGCAUGCAGAAAGUCUGAGAUUCAAUUCCUGGCAUCUCCCAGGUAGGCAUGGAAAGAGACUUCACACCUGGAAACCUGGAGAUCCACCGCCAGUCAGGGUGGAAAUACAAACCUAGAUGAACCAAUGGCCUGACUCAGUAAAUGGAGUUUUAUAUGUUCUGAAAUGAAUUCUACCUACAACUGAUUAACUUCAGUUGAAUCAUGCCCAUAUCAUGUGAUCAAACUACUGGGGUGAAAAUGUUGUUUUUAUAAUUGUAUUUUGUUGAUAACAUCUAUAUUGCUCCAGUCUUUUUUUGGUUUGUGUUUUCUCUCUCAUUUCAGGUGCAGCAGCUAAAGUCUACUUGAAAGCAGUAAAUGCUAUUGUGUCUCCUACCAGAGUUACAGAGCUAUCCUAAUAAAACAAAGGUUAAAAGCCAAUAGUGGAAAUUUCCCUUGUGUGUGCCAUAACAUCAUGCUAUAGGUGGCCCUUUUGUUCCUUAUUACAGGUAAUCAAAAGUGAUUUAUCUUUAGGUCACAUAUAUAUUUUUUGAAAAGUUAGCACUGUAGUUAAAGCUUAGCUUUCUCCCCCCCCCCCCCCAUCUCCUACUGUUAGGUAAGAGUUUCCUACACUUCAGUUUCUUAGCAUAACUUUCAACAGAAAGAAAUUACUCUUAUAAAGGGUAUCUAAGAGCCGCUUCUCAUUUUACAUUGAAAAGACAUGGGUCUGCCCUUCACAAUCAUAUUCCCUAUGGAGCCACAGUCAUGGCCUUCUGUUAAGGGUGAGUCAGUCCAUUCUUAUACAGUACUGAAAAAUCCUGCAGAGUAGGUUCUAUGUCUUCUAAGUUAGAAAAAUGGUUGAAAACAGACUGAUAUGAAACUCUGCAAUAUAGAAGAGGUAGACUUGAGGAUGGCUCCAUACUGAAUUUGAAGCAGAAAGGCUUCAAAUGGAUUAUUUUGAACAACAGUUAAACAUUAGACAAGACACUGGCAUUUCAGUCAGUGCUGUGCUUUCUUCUUCUUCCAUUGAAUUAUCUAGGGUGGUUUUUCCAGAAAGAUCUCUUCUUUUGCACCGCAUGCUUUGGGAAAUCGUUGCUGUUUUAGAAGCAUGUACAAUGACUUUCUCAAAUGUACGCACCUCAGCUGAACUGCAAAGUGAAUGUGUCUUGCAUUUUCCUUUUGGAUUGGAUGUUUGAGGGAAAACAGCAUUAUUUUUCAAGAAACAACUGGAUAGCUCUGCAUCAUGGGUAGCGUUGUAUGUACACGGAUUCAAAAUCCAGCAAUGGGAGCAAACUGGAGCCAAAGUGAAUAGUGAUGUGCAUAAGUCCUUCAUGUCAACAUCUCUAUUCAGUGGUUUCAUCUGUUUAAGAUGAGCCAGUCAUUUUUAUGAUUAUUCUAUAUUUCUGUUUAUAGGGUUUUUAUACUUCGCAAAUUUUGUCGUACACUCCCCUGAUAGAGAGAUAGUCUAUAAAUACUCCCAUUCAUAAAUAAACAAACACAUCUGCUCAGACUUAAUCUCCCAGCAUUUUUAUGUGAACAUGGAAAGCCCUUAAUUUGUUAAACUGAAAGGUUUUCUGUUAAUUGAAUAUCUGAAAAUGCAUAAAAGGGGCUAAAAUUAGAACCCAAGAGUUGAUUUAGUAUGCCUUGGGUACAUUUGCCACAACAGAAUGAAUUCUCCACAACAAUUUAUUGUGUUACCAGGUUUAUCUGCAAUCCUCUGUUCACUUUCCUGGGAAUAAACCCACUGAACUCAAUAGUACUCACUUCUGAGUAGACAUGUGUAAGAUUGUACUAUUGGUGUCUUUAGUAUGAAUGGAACAGUGUGUGCCUUUAAUAUUUGCUUCACUGACAAACGAACAAGCUCAGAAUCAGCUGAGCAAAACAAGGCAGCAGACCCACUAUCCUGAUUCAGGUAUCCAAGGUGCUUGACCUUCAGCCAGAACCUUCCUUUCUCAUUUCAGAGAGAGAUGAAUUUCCCAUUCAUGGGGUCACCUAGAGAUAUCCAGAAAUAUUAAGAUUAUUUUGGUAAACCCAAAGACUUAUCAGGCAUCACUUUAAAAGAGGGAUGGGGAACCUGUAGCCCAACAGAUGCAGCUGGAUACCAGAAGUCCCACUCAGAAUGGUCAGGGAAGAUGGAAAUUGUAGUCCAACAACAUCUGGAAUGCCACAGGUUCCCCAACUGUGCUUUAAGAUAAAACCAUAGAGAUAGAUCCAUUCAAUGAAAUCAGACAACAAGCCCACAAAACACAUGUUUCAAUAUACUUAUUACCCAAUAGGUAAUACACCUAAUCCUCAACUGGGACACAAGAGCAGGAUCACAUGUAAAAAUUAUCCCAAGACACAAACACAUUAGGGAUAUGCUACCCAUCACAAGCAUUUCAAACUUCACAUUGCUUUUAUGUCUUAUCAGGUAGGGACAGAACUAGACCAUAGUUUAGCUUCAUGUCAUUUUGGUAAGAAUUAGCAAGCUAUCACUAAUACCACGUGAAUCAGAAAGGAUGCUUCUUCAGUUGUGAUGCAGGCGUGGUUCCACUAGACCAGGGAGAGCUUUUUGGGGGGAAGAAUAAUCCAAUUUGUUGAGCUUUUCUUGGGGAGGAACGCCCACAGUUGUUGAGCUUCUUCUGGGGAGGUUUCAGCAAAGUUGUUGAGCUUUCUUAUUUUUUGUUUUUUGUUGGUGGGCGAUCUAUCAGGAUCACACAAUCCACCAGGAUCGACCAGGAACACCACAUGAUCGACCUGUUGGACAUCCCUGCACUAGGCCACUGAAUUGCCCCUGGACUUAUUAUAUAUAAAAUAUUAAUAUAGUUAAAACAAGUUCAGAUAUUAUAGUUUCCUGCCUCUAUGCUUUCACUUGCCAUUAUAUGUAAUCUAAAGGCAUUAUUUUUAUUCACACAUCCGAGUAAACAAUUUUUAACAACCAAGACAGCUGGAUCUCUGCACUUUAAGAGCAAUAAAAAAUUUAAAAAAUAGCCUAUGUACUUGUUUAGAGAGUAAUUCUUAAACAAUUAAUAAUGGGCUUGUUUUGAAUACUAAUAAAAAAAAUCAAAUAAACUAGACUUUACCAUGUAGUAAUAUUGAAAGAGAUCCUCUCCAAAAUACUUUGCUUCCCCCCACCCCAUGUUCUUGCCAUAGGGAAUAUGUCAAAGCCAAACUCCCUAACAAAGAAGGUACCUAUGAACAAUUGAAUAGCCUCCUGAAACAUAUGCCAUACUGAUUUAAAAUGAACAGCAUUUGGGAAGUCUCAUUGCAAGAGAUUACCGGUAAAUGCAUUCCUAAGGGCUUUCCUUGAACAGUGCUGGCUUCAGUGAUUAAGGAAUUUGCAGUGACUCCAAACAGAGAAAAAUAAUAUCACAGAUUUCAGGUCCAAGAGAGCCUUCGACUUUCCAAUAUUUUUAUUGGACAUUAAAUAAGGCAGAAGGGUUGUUGUCCCCCCCCCCCACACACAUACAAAGACAACAGUUGCUAUUUUAGGUAAUUCCCGAGAAAGAAUCAGUCAUCUUAUGUUAAAUUUGAAAGAAUUUAAGCACAUUUUUGAAACUUACAGGCAUCUAAAAGCCAAUUCUCACAGUACAUUUUGGGGAGAGAAACUGCUCAAGGAAUGAUGGCCAUGCUCUAACUUGGAGAAACUAGUGACCCAAUAUAUCAUUGGAUCUAGUUAGCAGCUACAGUUCCAAUAACUGUAAUAGAUGGGGAAAUGGCCACCACUGUCAUGUGAAUUGUGAUCUGGUAGAUCUCACAUGUUUACACACACAAACUGCUGGGCAAGACUGGGGCUGCUCCUAUGAAGAAAUUAGAUUACAUGAAUCAGACAAGUAGAAAAUAGUUUAGUUCAUUCCUUCGUUUGCGUGUCGAGGUCCCCAAGCCACCCCCCAAUAACUCACACAUCACACAUCAAUUUUGGUUUGGGUUUUUGGCACGAUUUUGGCCACAACUUUAUUUAAAUACAUCCAAGUGAGUGGUUGCUUAGGCAUUGGUUCCAACUAUCUGUCCUUGCCCAGGGGACAGUACUGGACUUCCGGAUUCCAGCGAAAGCCAGUGCGGGAAACAAAUUUUGGGGAGAAAAUGAAGCUGGGCCUCAGUCCCUCACUUCUCACCCUCAUGCUCCUGGUGGCUUGCACGGCCCAAGUCCGAUGCCAGGGACAAGGACGAAAAGAAUGGCAAGCCCCUGGAUUUCUUUAACGGAAUUCCCUUUCCACACCACCAUUGGAGGGGUAGGCACUUACCCCUCCACCAACCAAUUUGAACCAAUGCCUAACCGCCAACCUUACAAGUUGUGACAAUUUGCUACGCAGCAGGCAAAACCAAAUGGCACCAGCCAAUCAGCCAAAUGGACAAAUUCCUACCAGGCCCCUGCCUCAAAGCAGACGACCCCAUGACAGGCAUAGCAAGGUCAAGCGAACAACCAGCCCAAUACAGGGAGGGUGGGUGGGUGAUCCGGUGCAAGCAGCCAAGAGAAUGCUCAAAGUUGGGCGACCAGUAUUUAAAACCUCUGACCCCUCCUUCAAAAUUGGCAACAAGCAGUUCUCCCCAGUGACCCGAUUAACCAAUUCACUGCCUGGAUCCCUCCACAAAUCCGCCCAGCAACAAUGGGGUGGCUUGUAUCCCCCACCGCAACACGUGCUCUCUGCUAGGGAGAACACGUUUUCCCUCUUUAUGUGUGAAUGCCCUCAUACAGCUAACAACUACUGAUUCUUUGCUCUCAGAAAACCAAAUUGAUAUACUAGCAGUUCAUGUUUGCAUGUCUCUGUGUGUGUUUACCUCAGGCACAAAAUAAGCCACUAAAUUGCAAUAUAAAACAGCGAUACAGUGGUACCUCGGGUUACAUACGCUUCAGGUUACAUACGCUUCAGAUUAUAGACUCCGCUAACCCAGAAAUAGUACCUCGGGUUAAGAACUUUGCUUCAGGUUGAGAACAGAAAUCGCAUGGUGCCAGCAAGGCAGAAGUGAGAGGCCCCAUUAGCUAAAGUGGUGCUUCAGGUUAAGAACAGUUUCAGGUUAAGAACAGACCUCCGGAAUGAAUUACGUACGUAACCAGAGGUACCACUGUACUAAAAACUUCCCAUCCACCGCAAAUGCCACAGUCUGAGUUACUGUGAUGCUACGGAAUGCUCUUAAAUAUUCUAACUACUAAGACAAAAGAUGCCAGCAGCAGAGUGUGCUGCUGCUUCCUUGAGAAGAGAGUGUUUUGGCUCAGAGAGCAGGAGAUCUAUGGACAGGGGUAACUGUGUAAUACUAGGUGAUCAGGGACACAGUAGGCUAGGAGGCUAAGUGGUAAGUUGAAGACAGAAAGCUCCCAAGACACUUUGGGGGAAGGGCCAUAGCACCUGCUUUGCAAGCAGGUGGUUACUGGGUUCCUCUGAUAGGGCUGGGAGAUGAUCUGCCUGAAACCCUGGAGAGUCGCAGCUAGUCAGUUUACAAAAUACUGAUGCAGAUGUUCUGACUCAGUAUGAGAUAACGUCAUGUGUUUCUACAUGGGAUCUGAAGGGAAAAGGGGAAGAAGCAGAUGUCUGAGGGAAAGAGUAGCAGAGGUGACACAGUUGGAGGCAGGGUAGUGGAGACAAUAUAUGGAAAGCAGAGAUAUAGAAAAGCUGUGUGCAGGGCCCAGAGCCAUAGCUACAGGAGGGCUAGCCAGUUUUUUUGCCCCGGGUAAAGCCUCCAGAGGUGUGCCACUGAGAGCCAGUGUGGUGUAGUGGUUAAGAGCGGUAGACUCGUAAUCUGGUGAACCGGGUUCGAUUCCCCGCUCCUCCACAUGCAGCUGCUGGGUGACCUUGGGCUAGUCACACUUCUCUGAAGUCUCUCAGCCCCACUCACCUCACAGAGUGUUUGUUGUGGGGGAGGAAGGGAAAGGAGAAUGUUAGCCGCUUUGAGACUCCUUAGGGUAGUAAUAAAGCGGAAUAUCAAAUCCAAACUUUUCUUCUUCUUCUUCUUUCCAGGCUCUCUCUCUCUCUCUCUCUCUCUGUGUGUGUGUGUGUGUGUGUACACAAAUGCGCAUGGGGGUGGGGAGCUAAACUGAGUCUUUGAUCCAGGUGAAAUAAAGCCUAGUUUCAUCCCUGCAGGGUCUAGAGUCAGGAGAAACUCUGCAGUAUCAUUCAGCAAAGGCAUGACGGAAGGCGAUUCCAAGCCAAGACACUAAAUAGGAAGAGAGAACACAAAAGCAACAGGAGGGUUCAGCCUUCAACUCUCACAUUCAGUGCAAGCAAUAGGGAACUAGAUGGAUCAAUGGUAUAAAGUAGUUGGUGUAACACAGCUUCCUACGUUCAAGGCAGUUCUUUUGUUUCAGGGAAAUGCAUUUUUAGGGAGAGAUGGGCAGUUAAAUUGUUAAGCAUGGCAAAGUUGAGAGAGGGGUGUGCCUGCUAUUUUGCCUGCAAACUUUUGUUUGCAGCCUGAAAGUUUCCCCAGUUGGCUCAGAAAACUUCCUGAUUUUGUUGCCUUCCUUUUUUUAAAAAAAUUGUGAACAGGGCUCCUACCCAAGUUUGGCUUGCUAGGUCACAAAUUCUGCAAGGCCUGAAACAGGUAUGUCAAUUUCAGGAAAGAACUGGUAUUGUUAUUUUAUUUAAAUGAAUUAAGAAAUUUUACACAUUUAAUGUAGCACACAUAAGGACAGGAGCAUCUGCCCUUUCCUUUCUGCCUAACCAUUUCUUCAUGCAGUCCUUGCUUUCAUUCUAAUUAUUCUGCCAAAGAGUGGCAGGGAGAGCUGGUAACUAAACCCGGUUCCACUGCACAGAAACAAAACAGAAAAGACAUUGAGAGGUGUCAUUUUCUCUUCUGUGUUGGCAAGACUAGGCAAGCAAGGCAGGCUUUGCAUGUGGAGUCAGAUUUGUUUAGAAUUUGCAUGCUGAUGUACUUUGUUCCACUUCCUUGUCAUUAAAUGGGCUGGAAGGUAAAGGAACAUAAAAACAAACAUUGUAUCCCAGUGUGAGGUGUCUUCCUGGAGAUACUGGAGCUGACUGCCAGUAUACACAUAUUUUCCUUCUAAAGUAUCCUUUAUUGGCAGUGUGAAUCUGACAACUGCUUAAGCAUACCCACAAUAUUUAAAUACCAGAUGAAUCAAACCUGUAUGCUCGACUUUUCAAAAUGAAUUAAAUUGAAAAUCCCUUCCAUCUUGCAGAGAAAAUUUUACAUAUAGUACUUAUCAAUCUUUCGUGCAGCAAGUGAACUCAAUCACUUGAAACAAAUAUAUUGCAUGGGGUCAAUUUGGAUGUAAUGUUUAUUAAUCCAUAGCUUAUUAAGCCAGGAACAAGCAUAGGGCUCACAUGCUCCCUCUCUCUUCCCUUCCCUUGUUAGCAUCAGCACUUUCAUCCUGGUCCUAUAAACUACAGUUUCCCACUGCAUCACAAAUAGCAAAAGUGUGAUUUAAUGCCAGUUUGCUGAACAGGAUCGGAACCAUGAUUAACCUGUAGCUUCAGAUCCUAAUUAGUAAACCACCAUCAAGCUACAGUCCCCCAUUUUGGAUGAUAAAAGGAAACUGGUUUAACGAAUCCAAGAAGUGAAGCCAACACAUAUAGGAGGAAAGGAGAGCACGCAGGCCUCCUUGCUGUUUUAAUAAACUAUGAUUUAUUAAACCAGGAAUGUUACAUCCUUACUUUAAAAAAUAAAUAUGAAAAUGCAGUUCUCUAAACACACUUCAAAAAGGAAUUCUUAUUUGUUUAAAAACAUACCCUGGAGAGUGGGAAGAUCACAGAAAAACUAACUCUAACCAGGGCGGUUGGAUUUAAAGUUGAACCCUGUUGGAUAUUUUUUCUAUAAUACAAAGUUUAGUCUGGAGGGGAAGGAACUGGUUAAGAACACUCCCAGACCUAUUUUUCUAAGGCCACCAUGGACAGGAAGAAAUCUGUGAAUUUUAACAACACUUUUUGUCCUUGCUCUUAAAUAGAUCAACUAUAAUAGCUCUAUCAAUCUGACUCAGUCUUUUUUUUAAAAAAAAAAAAACCAAAAGGAUUUGUGCCACUACCUUUGACAUGCAUAUCCAGAACAAAGGACGAUUUAAUUGCUUAGAACAAUAGGCAGAGCUUGAUCAAGCAAGUGAGAUCUAUGUACUGACACAGACUUUGCUUCUGAAGUCAAUGUGGAUGUAAAUUUGCAUCUGAAUUUCACUGAACUGGCUGGAAAGGUGAAUUCCCAGCUAUUAAAAUGGAGGACUAUUCACCUCAUAAAAACAUAUACACUCAUAACUCUGUGCAGUAUAGGCAGGUGAAGCCAGGCUGUGAUACAGUUAGGUUCAGCUGAAUUCUCACUAGUAGAAACAUAUUAAAACCUUUCCACGUUGCAAUUUCUUGUCUGAGGAUGGUGAUUGGCAAAAGCACAGAUGAAACACUCCCAGGUGCUUUCUGAGAGAUGAAUACAUGAAGUUAGGUGGAAGCAAGGCAAAGGUAACCCAGAUUACAUCUGAAAUAUUUCCCUAAAAUGGGGUGUAAACCUAAGAAAAUUAGCUGCCUUUAAUUUCCAUGGAGCACACUUAGCAUAUAAAAAACAAGGAGUAGGGGACAAGCGAGGUGAGGAAGAAAAUAUUACUUGCUCCUAAUGCUUAGUCUCGGCUUGUGCUCAUCAUUUUGACCCUGUCAAUUUCCCCACCCAUUCAUCUUUUUUGCUGGAUUCCAUUAUCAUCUCAUAUAAGGUUUAGUUUCCUCUUUAAAAAUAAAACAAAACUAGAAGCCGCUAAGAUGGUAUUCCUAAACAUGCUUAUUGGGGAGUAAGCUCCUGUGAACACUGUGAAUCUUACUUCUGUGUAAACAUGAAUCUCCAGGUAUCUCUGUUUUCCAGGGACAGUCCCGGAUUUACAGAAUCCGUCUUGGUUUCUGAUUUGAUCACGGCACGUCCCUAAUUUCAACAGAGAAAUGUUGGAGGGUAUGGAGUUAGGCGACCCCUGAGCCAAGGAAAUAAGUAACUAUACGUAACUAUACAACCUUUAGAAGACAUCUAAAGGCAGCCCUGUACAGGGAAGUUUUAUAUUGUUUAAUAUUCUACUGUUUUUAUAUAAGCUGCCCAGACUGGCUGGGGCAACCCAGUCAGAUAGGCAGGGUUUAAAUAAUACCAUUAUUAUUAUGAAUGUCCCUAUUUUCAUAUGAGAAAUGUUGGAGGCUAUGGUAUUGUGAUUGUAAAUGCUUUACAUAAUAUACAGCCUGUGCUUUGAUUCCUCUACAUUCUCUCAGUACUUUUAAAAUAUCCUUUUCUUGUUUUCAUAUAUGUCUUCAGUUCCAGCACCACAACUGUGGAAUAUUCUUUCACCUUAAUUAUUAUUAUCAUUGCUUUUAAAAACAUUUUCUUUCUUGUUUUUUGCACUACAUUUCUUCUUGUGAAGUUGUGGAUAGGAUAGCUUGGUUUCUAUUUCAUCCUGAUUUUAUCCUUGGCUCUACAUUAAUAUAACCUCUUCAUUCCUUUCUCCAUCUCAUUAGACUGUAAACCAGCAGGCAAAGGCUUCUGUGAUUCUUAUGUGUGAUAGGCUGCUUAGUACAUGUUAAGUAAUUUUUUUGGGGGGGGGCGGUUUGUGGGAGAUAAAUGAUGAUGAAGUGGAGGACAAAUGCAAGGUUCAUACAAUUACAAUAAUGUCCAUGAGAUCAAAUAUGCAUCACAAACUGAUUCCUAAUAAUGUACCCAAUAAAGGCAGAUUAGCUGCAUGAAACGAGCAAGACGUCAGCACAUUACUAAUGGAGAUCAACAAUUAAUGAUGACCUCCAGAAGAUGAAAGCCAAAGAAAAUGCUACAUCAGUAUGCAAUUUAAGUAUUAUUUCCUUCUCAUGCAUUCCCAUUGAAGGCAAAAAUUACAGAACUCUCACACCUUUCAUAGCAAUACAAGCCAUACAUUGUACUUCCAAACCCAAGUGGAUGGGACCAUUGCAGAUAAAGGAUAGGAUUUAACAACAGUCCUUUGCCGAAUGUUCCAAUAUUCCAACACCAAGGGCCCCUACAGACAAUGUUUUUAUUGUGCAGUCAUGAUGAUUUGUGCUCAUCAUUUGCAAUCAGUGCAUAACUUGUAACUUCCUGCUUAAAUUCAUACCACAAAUAUUCCUCUUUUCCUCCAUUCCUGUUUCUAUUCUGCUGUAGUCUGAUGUAAGAAUAAUAUGGUAGUAUUGGGGAAGCAUUGCAGAACAACUAAGACAAAAUCCACCACUAGAGUUGCCAUACAUCCAGAAUUUCACCGACUUUUACUUCUUGAAAUCCUACCUCUAAUGCACUAUUGCUGUGUCAAGAGCAUGUUCCAAAAACCUCCCAUAACAAAACACCACUCUGGAAGGACCCCAAUAUUCUUAAUUUUGGGAGGGAGGAUCCUAAACUCAGUUAUUUGCCAGGACCCCCUUCCUCCAAAGAAGACCACCAUGGCAAAGGGGAGGCCAACCUGUCCCAAACCAUUAGCCACACAGUAAGGAGAGCUUCUCAACACCACCAUUCCUCAGCCCCGAUUCAUAUGCCUACUAGAAAGAGCUUUGUUUCAACUCUUAAAAAAACAACAACCCUGCAGGGCAUCUUGAAAUCAUUGGAUUAAAAAACAGCUAUAAAUAUUCAAAUAUGAAUGCAAAAUAUUGUGCUAUUGUCUCUGAGUCUGUAGAUGAGAGAUAAUAGUGCUAGCCUUCCUACAGAAUUGCUGUAAUGGUGACUGAGAAGGUAUUUGCAUUAAGCACUCAAAAAGCCAAGCGGUGUUACAUUCCUCUCACCAAGAUAUAAUUAGUUGUCAAAGAAAGACAAAAAGGUUAUUUUAUUAAAAUGUCAUUCAUAUUCCUGCUGAUGCCCCAAGUUAGAACCAAACAUGUUUUCUUCCAUGUAAACAUGAUUUUUCUGAAAUAGGGCUGCUUUCCCUCUGGUUGCUUAAGUCUCAUCAAGUGGAGAAAAUAACCUUGCGAGCAUUUCGGUUUCAAAACAAAACAAACGCCCGUUGAACAAAUGCUUAAACAAGUGUGAUCUAAUCAUGACCAGAGUGGUUGUACACUAAUAAAUGAAGAUUGUACAAGCCAUUCAAAGCAUGAAGUCCGAGCCUUGUUUUGAAAUGACUGCAUAACCUUGAACAUAAUUUGAGUAAAGCAGAUGUAACCAACUGCAAGGAGAAAGACAGCUCUUUAAGCCUUCAGAUGCAGCCGCUUCCCCCCUUCCCUUCCUCAUCUCCUUCAUUAGAGUGCAAACAUUCUGGUCAUGAAUAAGUCACAUUCAAUCAUUCAUUCUGCAGCCAUUAACUAUGCAUCACAUAUACUACAGGCACUCCAAAUAAUUAAGCAUAAGUGUUCUUUAUAACAGAUGCAGAUUUGCAUUUUUUAAUAUAAAAAAAGUUCUCUUGUACCAUGUUUUUCUCCCUCCUAGACAUGCAAUUAAAUAUUACGUACAAUGAAGAACCUUAGCCAAGGCCAGUUUUACAGAAUUAUUUGAGAUUAUGCUGUUGUCACAAAGUACAGUAGCACCUUCAAGAUGAUAGAAUAUCAAUCACUGGGAAAUCUAUAGAUUAUACCUGAAAGCGCAACACAAAAAAUAUGCUAUGCUAAUGAGGCCCUGCAGUCUGAUAGGUGCUGGAAUCAAUUAGUGAUAUGCGUAUUUGAAGUUUUUUCCCCUUCCCCUCAAAGUGCAGCAAUAUGAAAGUCAUUCUUCUUCCUACUGUUGAUCAUUUAAAAUUGGCAUUUUCACAUAGCAGAUGGCAACCUAGUCUCAGUGCUUUAACUAAAAUUGUUUUUAUUAAGCCUAAACAAGUGUUAACAGGGCUAAUUCACUGAAACACACAAAAUGAGAAUAUGAGCAUAUCAUUAUUGGAAGGCUCUUCCAUCACCAUAUGCAAGAAUCCACCAUGUGCCAGUACACUGGUUACUGAAUAAGCUGUUUCGUAGGGGUGUGCCAACUUGUCAUAAGCUGAAGCCUUGUUUCUAUCUUGUAGGACCCAUAGACAGAUUUUUUUCUGCAAAUAGAGGACUGUCAGUUUUAGGUGCGUGUAAGAAGAGAAUAGGAUUGAUUACAGUGUAGCCAUUGCGUUGUGCCAGGGUGACUAUGCAACAAGGCGGCACCCAUCCAAGUUUAGUGUCAAGUCUGGGCAAAGAAACUGAAGCAUAAAAGGUAUUGCAUGGAUCCCCGAUUACUUGGGACAUAAUUCAGGAGGGACUUAACUCAGCAGUCAUCAUCCUCGCCACAGACUACUCCACUGUCCAUGCAACAAAAUUUCAGCCUCUCAGCUAUUCCUAGGAAUUUGCAGUCUUAAGACAAGAAUCAGAAGUUAUGGCUGGUGCUGAAUAUAUUUCAUCUCCUUCUCCUCUUCUUCCUGUAGCAAUAUGACAUCACCUCAAUGCACGUUUCACCAUCCCCACAAAUAGCAGCCAAUGAAGGAGAAUGCAAUGAGGUCACUUCCUGUGUUUUGCAUUACUGG